AUGGACGUGGGGGCGGCGGACUUCGCGCGCUGCCUGCCCAGCCUGCGGGACCGCGUCCGCCGCGCCGCUUUCCUGGGCCUGGACAUGGAGUUUACUGGCUUACAUUCAGUUUUCCCACAAAAUAACCAGCCCAGCUUGUUUGACUCCCCAGCUGAGCGGUACCAGAAGGUCAGGCAGAGUGUGCAGCGCUUCACGAUCACGCAGCUGGGGCUAGCAAUAUUCUCAGAAGAAAAUUCAAACAAGUAUGUGGUGCAUUCAUACAAUUUCUUUCUCUUUCCGUCAACUUUGGGAGUUAUGGAUGCUGAAUUCACCCUUUCUGCAUCUAGCAUUCAAUUCCUGUCUCACUAUGGCUUUGACUAUAAUAAGUUCCUGAAAGAUGGAAUCCCGUACAUGAAUGAGUUACAGGAGAAGAUCCUUAGCCAGCGUCUCUUACAGGGUAGCUGGGAAGUUUGCAGUGCUCUGAACAUGAAUGUGGUGAAGAAGGCUAUUGAUGAAGUGACCUGUUGGAUAGCAGCAGCCAAGGAAGGGGACUCAAUGAUUCUGCAGGAUCUGAGUGGUAUGAAGCAAGAUUCUCAGAUGCUUGAUGUUCAACUGGUUCUGCGACAAGCUCUCCCAAACGUUUGGACAGAGCCUCUCGGAGACAAUGAGGUAAUGGUGAAAAAAGUGAGUCCGCAGCAUCGUUGCCUUCUGGAAAGCUCUUCUCAUGACUCCUGCCAGAAGGAGCUCAUUCUCACAUCUGCCCGGGGCUUUACCAACCUUUUCCAGAUAAUUGUUAAAGCUAAAAAGCCUCUGGUGGGACACAACAUGCUGAUGGACCUCUGUCAUCUCCAUGACAAGUUCUACAACCCCCUGCCAGAAAGCUAUGAGGAAUUUAAAAAGAAUAUUCACCACCUGUUUCCUGUCCUCAUAGACACCAAGACUGUAACAAAAUCCAUCUGGAAGAACUAUCAGUUUCCUCGAGUAUCUAAUCUUCUGGAGGUGUAUGAGGUUUUGUGCAGCAGCGACUUAAAUCCCAUGGAUCCAUCGUGUCCAGUGAUUGCUCUUGCAAGUGACUCUGUGCGAUACGCUGAGAAGGCGGCUCCUCAUGAGGCAGCGUAUGAUGCAUUUCUCUGUGGUUCAGUUCUUCUGAAGUCAGCUCAUUUGCUGUUGUGCAGCUUGACAGACGAUGCAGCGAAGGCCAAUUCUUCUUUCUCUCAGUAUCUCACCAUGUUAGCAGAGUAUUUGAACAAGGUGAAUGUCAUCCGAGGUGGCGUCUCAAGCAUUGUGCGUAUGAAUUGCAGAACUUUUCUGGGGAAGAUGCUUCCUGCCGAUACCCCCCUCCCUUGGUUGUCCGUGUUCGAGGUUGGCCACGGCUGGAUGAAAGGCAGAUCUACCAGGAGUUGCAGCCUCUUUGUCGCUUUGAUAUUAGACGGCUUUCAGAGAAUCAAUUCAUUUUGCUCUCCAAUAGAUUUAAGCAUGUCAUUCGUGUUCUGCGUGAUUACAAAAAUCACCCUAAGCUGCAGAUCUCUGUCUAUCGCCACUGGAGGCACUCUCCUCAUGUGAACUGCCUGUUAAAAGUCUCUGGUAUUGUGGCACUUUGGUCUCUGUUGGCCUUUGUGCUUGGAGGAUCUCCUUCCCGUUCACCAUAAAUGAUUCUCUCA